AUGUUCAGUUUCUUGCGCUCUAUUGCAUUACCAUUACCGACAUUCGGAAUCUCGCUACCAGCUAAUAUCCAGCGUCGCUUUUUAUCGUUUGUCCUUAAAUACUUUCUCGGACAUCUUGUCAAGCCUGGGCAACUUGACGACCACAAGAUCGAUGCCCAAAUCGGGAGUGGCCGGGUUGAAAUAAAGGAUGUAGAACUCGAUGACUCGGCCAUCAAUAAACUGCUUGUUGGCCUCCCGGUGUCUCUCCGUGAUGGCACUUUAGGAAAUGUCACUGUACAAGUGCCAUGGCCAAACGUACUUGCGGGCUCCUUAGGCGGAGAACAAUGCACUACGGCAGUCGAUCCACCUGAGCUCCCAGCUCCCAACUCUUCAAUAGAUGAUGAUUUCGCUGUACCUGGUUCAAUGGACCCAUUCCUAGAUGCUCCAGUGGCUACCUCGAUGGAAGAGUCGGUCGUGCUGGGCGACGAAGAAGGAGUCGGUGUACUCACUGCUGUCGUCGAAAGAUUGAUGGCACGCUUUACCUGCUCCGCAAAGGAUAUCUCGAUUACACUGGUCCAUGAAGGACAUGCCUCUUUCCAUCUAGGUGUCUCCGAGUUCACAUAUGGGGACGGAGUUUCGGACUCGAAUGUCACUAAGGAGAUAUCAUUACAAGGCUUUUCCGUUUCACUUACUCCUCUCGAGCCGAUGGAUCCGCCUUCUGUGAUCUACUCUCCCAUUGGGUCGCCCGGUCGACAGAAUUCUGGCGAAAAUGAACAAGAGAAUAUGCUACAGAGUGUUGCAUCAAUUGCUGACUCUAUGAUGUUUCAUAGUGCUCCGGCCUCGCCGACCGCGAGUACCCGUCAGGAGCAACCCCGUCUGCAACAGAUUUUGGGCUUAUCUGACGAACCUCUUUCAGUCACCAUUACUACCCGUCCUCGUGGGAUUGUUUCUUCGGGACCCAGCGCCCCUGCCGCCCGCCAACGUUCUCCCAAAUUCUCCGUCGAAGCCAAGAUGGGAUGUUGGAUCAAUUUGCGGGCCCUGACCCUUGUCACACCCCCAGCUAGCUCUACGAACAACCAACCUACUCCGCGACAAGAAACUAGAAAAGGCAUGCCAGUAUUCGAAGGAUCUGGGCGUAUUCGUGGGGUAGUUUUGGCUCUGCUGUUGGAGAAUACCCGGAGUUCAUCAUUUGCCAGACAUCAACCGGAUACCGAAAUCUCUGAAUUCUUUCGAAAGCCGACUCGUUCACUCUCCACGCCCCAUUUCCGCGCGAGAAUCGAUACAAUAGAGCCGUCUUUUGAUUCCUCUGGCAGUCUGAGUGCUUAUGUUGGCGAAAUAUCGGUAUUCCACAUGCAAGGAGGUCCAAAUCCUUCGUCCAGACCACUCCUUAUAGCGGACCCCAACCUUGAUACACAAUAUUCAAUCAAUACGAACGCACCGAUGUUGGACGUUGUGGACUGGACGAAGCCAUCAUCACAAACCGGGCCCCCAAGAUCUCUGCUUGGAGAGUUCGAGGGCGAUGUGGAAGUUGGAAUCCUACCCUUGCACUUAUUCUUGGAUCUCAAGGUUCUAGAGGACGCGAUUGCUUUUGGUAAUAGUAUUGGAUCGACAGUACCCGACUACGUCAACGACGAGAAUGAUCUUGAAGCGGAUGAUUCCACGCCUCCCACUACGCCUCGAAAUUACCGCUCGGUUGCAGAUGAUAUGGAGCGGGUCGAGAGCAAGGCUCGGAGUGUUAGUAUCGAGUGCUCCCUCAUCCGUAUUGAGCUAAGAACGCCUUCCCCACCGGGCCGCAAGCAACGCUCCGGGGCAAUUAUUAUUGAUCUACACACACUCAAAGCUGACGUCGCCUCGGCGCCCCUUCAGCUUCGCUGGGGAAGACUCUUAAUAGCCCUGGCCAAUCCUGGGGAUACCCGGGCGACGACUAUUCUGUCAGUAGGCCCAUCCAGAACACCGAAUCCAAAUGUCAAGCCAUUUGGAGGAUCAACUCCCACACAAAAGAUGCCAGAUGCAAUAGAACCAGAGAUUUCCCAAGUGAUCAUCCGUACCGGGACUCCUACCACCCUCGAAGUUCAACUGCCAGCCCUAUACGUGUCUUUGUCAAAGUUUAGUCUUGAUGGCCUGCAGUACUGGGUUGAUGAUGCCACACAAUGGGCCGAGCGCGCACUUGGCGAACGACGAUUGGACCAAUCCCGAGAUCCAAGCUUGAUUGGAAGUCGGUUCUUUGCGCGUAAUAGUAGCAUCGGUACCGUGGAGACCGCAGGUGCAGGAACAAGCCAAACAAUCAUUUGCGUGAAUCUAGAUAGGGCCGAGAUCCAGCUCUUUGUUCCAAGACAAAAGUUUGUCGAAUCUAUGGAAGCGCUUCCCUUUGAGGUAAUCGCUCUUGGAUUGGAAGUCAUUCUUGAAAUGAAGCCUGAUGGGAAGGACGAGACUCGGAUCUCCGCUUCGAUACUGGACACGGUUGUCAAGGAUGCAAGCGGCUCGCCCCUAGCUUCCACCAUCCUUUCUCGGACGCAUUCCUUGAAUCUGGCGGGCCAUGCUAAGCCGGUAAUUAAAGUCAAUUUCAACGCCAUAGUCGAUCCAGAGACGGGUAGUCGAGAGAACCGGAUUAAAGCCGUACUUACUGGUAUCACUUUCACCCUAGCCAAGACCUACGCUUGGGCCGGCCACUUGGGCGAAUUCUUCAAGGCGCCCCCAGAGACGUUUGAAGCAGUUGUUCCCACUGAGCGAGUACGAUUGAACCUAUCACUUGUCGACUCGUGCGUCAAAGUAAUCGCUCCCAAACACCCGGGUGCGUUGGUCGCCGUUAUUGGGGAAGUGAACUUCAACACCGAUGUGAUCGGAAGUUCUCCGGAGACCGUUUCGGAUGCAGGUCUGCAUGCCGUGACGGUAAUGUUGGUAGACGAAGAGAAACCUGAAACAGCAGACGAAGCAUCUACCACACCAUCGAAAGUAAGGUUCGCUAGCGAUGUCGAUAUUUGGAAGCGAAGAGGAUUCGCAAGCUUGGUCAUCGUUGAAGAAUUAACUACUCGUGUAAUUGCCAGAAAAGAGUCUCAUCCGCCAUUGUCUGUAGAUGCCUCCCGCGUCAAGAUAGGCGUAUUAGCGGCUGCAGACACCCUCGGAGCUCUCGGGUCUUUCGGAGCGGAUUUGGCAACCAUGUUCCCCAAAUCACCAGCACCCCCCCAAGGAAUACUAGAUGAUCUCGAAGAGGACGCUUUCGACCAAAACCGCCUUGAGCCUGAGCUUGAACUUGGACCGACGCUGGACAUAAUCAAGGAUGAUGUGCCCAGGAAUCUUGAUUACAUAGACGAGUCUAUUGGAGUUAUUGGUGGUGGUGGAGUUGUGGAAGCACUUUCGGAUGAGGAACUCUUGAGCGAAUCCGCUGACGAGGAAGAGAUGUCUGAAUCAAUGCUCGAAAAAGGUUCAGCUAUUAUCUCUUCGGCUCAUCGCUCUCGGACCUAUGGGUCUGCGUCCCAUGUAACAACUCCCGAAGAGGAUCUGCCGGAAUCCCGCGAAGAAACAAUCACGCUAUGGACUGAAGGAAUUAACGUCAUUGAAGAUUAUUUUGAGCAGAUAGAGCCCGAGCCACUUCUUACGACGAGCGUUGAGGAAGGGCUCGUCGCAUUCAGUCUAAAUCUCCAAAACUGCGAUGUUACCGUCCGGCUGCAUGACGGGUAUGAUUGGGAAAAGACCCGUCUUGCGAUAGAACAGGGCCGUAAGGCAGUGCGACGUCGGCUCGAGAAGAUUCGCCAGUUACUUGCGAGCGGGCAGGCUCCAGACGAGAGUAUUGAAGAUACCCAUGCAGUUCUAUUCAACUCUAUAUAUGUUGGGCUUCAACAAGACCUGGAAGACAUGGAACCAGAAGCUAUGAUUGCCGCGAUUGAUCAAGAACUUGCGGAUGAUGGAGGAGAUACCGCUACUGUCAGCUCUUGGCAGACGCUUGCAGCAGGACAAGGUACCCGACCCGCACACAAACGCCAAUCGAGCAAGCCAGGCAGGAAGAGUCGUCGAAUCACUCGUUCUCGAGGUCCAAGAAUCGAAAUCCUUCUUAAAGGCCUCUCGGCAUCUGUUUCACAAUUCGGACCAGACGAGCCCACUGCUAUGCGCGCCCUUGUGACCAUCAAAGACUUGGAAGUCCUCGAUCAUAUCAAGACUUCCACAUGGAAUGCAUUCUUGACUGGUAUGGCAGCUGACUCAAAGGGAAAUGUUCGUGAGACCGGCUCCGAUAUGCUUCGUGCGGAAUUCUCCAUUGUAAGACCGAUUGCGGGCAAUGCCGUCGAGGAAGGGCGCCUAAAGGCAAAGAUAUUACCUAUCCGGUUACAUGUGGACCAAGACGCAUUAGACUUCUUGAAAAAGUUUUUCAUGUUCAAGGACCCGGAUACUGAAGUCAAACCUGCUGACGGGAAACCUGCUGAAGAAAUGUUCCUUCAACACGUUGAGAUAUUCCCCGUUGAUCUGAAGCUAGAUUAUAAACCAAAGCGUGUUGACUAUCGUGCCCUGCGUGAAGGGAGAACGAUAGAACUCAUGAAUUUCUUCCAUUUCGAAGGAGCUGAAAUGACACUUCGCCAUAUCACGCUAUCUGGAAUCACCGGGUGGGCUCGUUUGGGCGACACUCUAAAUGACCUUUGGACACCCGACGUAAAAGCCACUCAGCUCGCUGAAAUCGUAGCAGGCAUCGCACCAUUCCGUUCACUCGUUCGGGUAGGUGCUGGUAUGGCCGACUUAGUCCUACUCCCUGCUUCUGCAGGAUGGAGGCGCGACCGUCGUCGAGAAAAAGGAGUUCGUGGGGCAGCGGCCGAGGCGGCUGCACUGGGAGCUCGAUUAGCAACUGGAGCUCAAGUAGUGCUGGAACGUGCUGAGAGCAUGCUAGGUCCCAGUACGUCAACCGGCUCCGGGUUCGCAUCCCGCCCUGGUCCAGGUGUAGGCGCAUUCCGUGGACCGGUCACUGCCGUUCCUGCAGGUGGACAGUGGGAUGGAAGCGCAUCCAUGAUUGCCCCGAGCACUUUUGCUGGAAACGAGGAAGGAGAUACUGACGAGGAGGGCUCUGGAGACGAGAGAAUGAUUAGUCGUUAUUCUCAGCAGCCUCGCGAUGUUACUGAAGGCGUUCGGUCUGGCGCUCGAGCAUUAAGAAGGAAUGCCACUGCAGCCGCGCAACUAUAUUGGCUAUCCCGAUGGAAGUUUACGAGCAGACCGAAGGCGAGGGAUCACUACGAGCUGUUGUCCGUGCAGUUCCGAUCGCAGUUUUGCGACCAAUGA